UAGUACGUCAGUGAGACAGAACCAGAGACAGUCAUCACAUCGUACACGCUUGGACUUCAGUGUCGGAGCAACUGGUCCAUUGCGAUCCCACGGUCAGCAAUUCUAAGUUUUGAGGAAUGUAAUCUCUAUGUACAUCUCUUCGUUAUUUCCUAAAUGUAAAAGGGACUAUCAUCAAAAGAUAGAGUCAAGCUGUGAAUUAUACUGGAAAUAAAUUGGCAGUAGUCUGCAUCGUUAAUAGCGGACCAGAGUUUGGAGAAAAAAAUCUGUAAUCGAUGGGUUGAGAACGUCCCGAAUGUCUUUGCCAUUGUUUAUAUUGACUGAUAAAUUUUGGAUGAAACUGAGAGAUCCGUAGAAAGAUUAUCAACGACGUAGCUUACAGAUGAGACAAAAUGUUGAAGGUUGUAGGAGCCUCGUGGCUACAAACCCGCGUUUCCACUUACAUUCUUGUUGCUGUUGCUCUGCUUGGCAUUGGUGCUAUUAUUCUCAGUGAAUUUGGAGGAUUUAUUUAUUUAUUUAGAGUAAAUAAUGAUGGAACUUACUCAGCAACAGUCACAUGGAAUCAUAAUAAAAUAUAUCGUAUUGAAUUUUGGGGUCAAGGAAACGACUUAGAAUCUCUUCCUAAAGGUGCAGCAAGAGCUUAUUAUAAGACCAGAAUUCAUGAGACUGGUUGGUCUUUGGUAGAAAUCGAAACAUCACCAAUGUAUCCUGAUACAGUUCAAGCUUAUUCAGCAGGAAUGCUUGAAGGUAGCUUGACUUGGCAACUGAUCCAUCAUCAUUGGUUUAACACAAUAGGCAUUGUUUGCACUGGAGAUUUGGAAUCCACCUGUGAUAAAAUUCGUCAACGUCUUUUAGAGAAUUAUGAAACAUUAAAGACUAAAGCGAGACUUCUGGAAACAGAAGAUCCAUUUUGGCAUAUCAUUCAUCUAUUUUAUGUGCAAUUAGAGGGCCUAGAAGAAGGCUGGAGGUUUGCUGUUCGGCGUAGUAGAAAAUCGUUUGACAUUCCAAAAGCAGAUUUUCUUUGGCUAGCAAUGGCAUCUGAUUUACCUAAUUUUGGAGUAGAUCAUGAUGAUAUUAAAGGGAAAAUUUUUCUUAAAAAUGUCACUAAUGAAGAUACUGAUGCUGAAUCAUUUUUUGCUAUUGUACACAAUACUGUUGCACCAUAUAGAAAAAUGCUGAGACUUCUAAAAAAGUAUACAUUUGGUUAUCACGAGACCGGAGCAAAAAAUUCAAAACGUCUGGCAACUCGAUCAGUUUCAAUCUCAUCCUACCCUGGAGCUUUAUCAUCGCAGGAUGAAUAUUAUAUCCUUUAUCGAGAAAACAAUAAAGAUCUGAUGAUUUUAGCUGGUACGUCUCUCAAUCUACAAGAAGCCAAUAAUAUGGAUAAUUCGAACAAUAGUGAACGUGAAGAUACGGCAUCCAAUACAAAAAACCUUGAACUUGAUAUCGCAAUGACUCCAGCCAAGAUAAUGGCAGCGAACUGGCUGUCAUCUGAUGCUCACACCUGGUCACGUUUAUUGGCAAGACGAGAAGAUCCAGGAAACCCUUGGAAGCCUUUUCAAUGGGUCAUUGUUCGACCAAACAAUCUGUCUGUGUGGCUUGUUGAACAACACCCGACUGCUACUCAUGUUGUAGAGUACACAGACAGGUUGAAAGAAGAAGGUUAUUUGUUUUGUGAUGGAAACUCAUUGUUGGUAACUUCAGAGGAGAAUGAAGGGUUGAUUAAAGUCAAACAACGUGGUGAAUUCGAUAAAACGAUGGUAAAUACUUCAGAGAUUGAUGAUCAAUUGGAUAUGCAGGAGAAGAGCCAUGAAGGAAUAUUAUCACCUAAAAAUCGAUCUAGUAGUUCUCAUUCAAAACUGUUAUAUGAUUUACCAAGUUUAAAACAAGUCAUGACUUUCAGAGGAGAUUUUGAAGAAGUACCAGUAGCAAUGGGAGUUAUUGAUUCAAAAAUUGCUUUAGUAAAUAAUAAUGGAUUACAACAAUUUGAUGCUACAUGUGGACCUGCUUGGUCUGAAGAAAAAGCUGUUUUUCAAUGGUCUGAAUCUUUUCCGAACAUUCCUCAUAUUGGUCAACCUGAUAAAUUUGAUUUUGAAAGCAUGACUCCUUUGUGGAUUUGGUUUUAAUAUUUAGACAACUGAUAAAUACAUUUUAUUGGCAUAAUAUUUUUUAAAUCAAAUCGAUUUUCUAUGUAAACGCAUAAUUUUUUACCCUCAGAAUAAUUAGUUUAUUUAUGUACUAUUAUGAACUAUAUUGACUCAUAAGUGAGCUACGUGUAGACAAUCUUUUUUUUUAUGAAAUAAAAUAUGAAAAUUAAAAAAA